UCACCCUUUCUUCCAACAUAUACAGCCAGCUCAGUACAGUGCCAUCUUUCGGUCUCUUUCCAACGCCUGGUGGAAUCAUUUUGCCGGUGCUCUCCUUCCGUAGCGACUGUCUCUCCCUCGCUGCCUUGCUUGUGCCUAUCGUUUGUGCUGGGCUCUAUCCUACUGGAUCCAAUCACUCUCUAUUCCCAUCUAGUCACAUAUCGCAACAGUCACGUCCUCAGUCAACAUGGCCUCUGCUGAGCACUGCCUAUACUGCUUCGAGACACUGGCUGCUCAUCUUGAGAAUCGCAAACCCAUGACCCUCGAUGAAAUCGAAGAAUCCUGGCAGGAAUACAAGGCUAGCGCUGGCGGCGGCGAUGGCUCACAGGCUGUAGCGGCCAAGACAACACCCGCCCUGCGCCGCGUGCUCGCAGAAUCCUCCCCCGGCGCAAGUGGUAGCCUUUCCUCGUCAGCCUCCUCGGCGUCGGCGUCUUCCAUGUCCCUCGGGCAGGCCGCCGACGAGAGCGACACGCCAGACACCUCCACCAGCUCUCUCUCCACCGGGGCCAACAAGGAUGACACCACUUCCCCGCUCAUUACAGAGUCGCCCUUGUUUGUCACGUGGAACACUGUCUCGCCACGGUCAGGCAACACCUCUCUGCGCGGCUGCAUUGGGACCUUUGAGGCUCAGGAGCUCGACGAGGGGCUUUCGUCGUACGCCCUCAUCUCGGCCGUGCAGGACACCAGGUUCGACCCUAUCACAAAGCGCGAGCUGCCAAACUUGGAAGUCUGUGUCACGCUGCUCACAGACUUUGAGGACUGUGACGACGCAAUGGACUGGGAGAUAGGCACGCACGGGCUACGCAUCAGCUUCACCGAGCGAGGGAGGCGGUACGGCUCGACGUAUCUGCCGGAUGUCGCCGCGGAACAAGGGUGGACCAAGGAGGAGACGCUCGUGAGUCUGAUGCGGAAGGCUGGGUGGGCGGGCCGCAAGGAUAGCUGGCGGGACGUCAAGCUCAAGGUGGUGCGGUACCAGGGCAAGAAGAAGGAGCUUAGAUAUCCCGAGUACAAAGGCUGGCGGGACUGGGUGCGGUCGCAGGAGAAGGAGGCGUGAGAUCCGACCGUGCAGGUGGCUUGCUCUCCGCGUGCUGGCAAAGUUCUGGUUCCAGCCAAUGGGGCCGGCGGCAAACGUGACAUCACACUAGAUAAAUGAUCCGAUGAUCUCCACGGCACCAUGGCCGUCCGGCUCGAGCCUGUGUGAUCACCCUGCGAGUCACUGCUGGAAGCACGAUGCGGGAUUCUACCUUAUGCCCAAAUGUUGCACAGAAGCAUAGAUAACCUUUGGUACGUUUUAGCAGAAUGUAGCGUUCGUGCCUAACGAUUAUGUCCCCUCCCUUGUUGGCCACGAAGUAUCUGUCAAGGGAUGUCCCCGCCGUCAAUCCCGGGGCAGAUGAAGGAGGGUG